GGCCGCGGCCCCGACGUGGUGGCCCUCACCGUGACGUUCUUCCUCUUCGAGUUCCUGGCGGCCACGCAGGACAUCGCGGUGGACGGCUGGGCCCUCACCAUGUUGUCCAGGGAGAACGUGGGCUACGCCUCCACCUGCAACUCCGUGGGCCAAACGGCCGGCUACUUCCUGGGCAACGUCCUCUUCCUCGCCCUCGAGUCGCCCUCCUUCUGCAACAAGUACCUGCGGUUCCAGCCCCAGCCCCGAGGGAUUGUUACCCUCUCAGAUUUCCUGUUUUUCUGGGGAGCUGUGUUUUUAAUUACCACUACCCUGGUUGCCCUUUUGAAAAAAGAAAACAAGGAACUGACACCAACAAAAGAAGAAACAAACGGCAUCACGGAUACGUACAGGCUGCUAUUCUCAAUAAUCAAGAUGCCAGCAGUUCUUACUUUCUGCCUCCUCAUUCUCACAGCAAAAGUUGGAUUUUCAGCAGCAGAUGCUGUAACAGGGCUCAAACUGGUGGAAGAGGGAGUCCCGAAAGAGCACUUAGCUCUGCUAGCGGUUCCGAUGGUUCCUCUGCAGAUAAUAUUGCCUCUGAUUAUCAGCAAAUACACAGCGGGCCCUCAGCCACUGAACACAUUUUACAAAGCUAUGCCUUUCAGAUUACUGCUUGGUCUGGAAUUUGCUUUUUUGGUGUGGUGGGCUCCUAAAGUAAAACACGAAGGAGGAUUUCCUGUCUACUACUACGCCGUAGUAUUGCUGAGCUAUGCUUUACAUCAGAUCACGCUGUACAGCAUGUACGUCGCAAUAAUGGCUUUCAACGCCAAAGUCAGCGAUCCGCUGAUCGGGGGAACCUACAUGACACUCCUCAACACCGUGUCAAACCUGGGAGGGAACUGGCCUUCCACCGUUGCGCUCUGGCUUGUGGACCCCCUCACGGUGAAGGAGUGUGCAGGGGCGCAGGGUCAGACCUGUGGAACUACACUUGCUGCAGAGCUCUGCACAAAAGCUGGUGGCUCCUGCGUCACCACCUUGGACGGUUACUACGUGGAGUCGGUCGUCUGUGUCAUUCUGGGGUUCGGCUGGUGGUUCCUACUCGGGCCAAAACUGAAAAAGCUGCAGGACGAAGGACAGUCUUCGUGGAAGUGCAAGAGGACCAAUUGAUGCCGUUCGAAUGUGACUGGACUAGCAAGGUCAUUUUAGUUUUAUUACAAAGACAUCUCCCAUAAUCAAUACACAGGAAUAUAGGUAUUUUUAAGUGCC